GUUGUAGACAUACAUCGCUUUCAACACAUACACAUAGCCCUCUUAUCUCGUUCAAGAACCCCCAACUCGAUACAAUGGCUGGUCGCGGCAAGGGCAAGACCUCGGGCAAGAAGGCCGUGAGCCGCAGCGCCAAGGCCGGCCUGCAGUUCCCUGUGGGCCGCAUUGCGCGCUACCUGAAGAAGGGCAAGUACGCCGAGCGCAUCGGUGCCGGCGCACCCGUGUACCUGGCCGCCGUGCUGGAGUACCUGACCGCUGAGGUGCUGGAGCUGGCCGGCAACGCCGCGCGCGACAACAAGAAGAACCGCAUCGUGCCCCGCCACAUCCAGCUGGCCAUCCGCAACGAUGAGGAGCUGGGCAAGCUGCUGGGCGAGGUGACCAUCGCGUCCGGCGGUGUGCUGCCCAACAUCCACGCCGUGCUGCUGCCCAAGAAGACCAAGGGCGGCAAGGGCAGCGAGGAGGCCGCCUAAAACGCCUGACCUCAAACUCGCCUGACAACAAACUCGGUGUUUCUCAACACCACCACAUUUGGUAUUGACUUGGGUGUGGGGGUUGGCUAGGGCAAGACACGUGGAAAGGGAGCCCGCGUGUUGGAGGGGCGACAGGUGGGAUCUGCGGUGGUGACGUGCGGUCCCUUGUCAGGCAGUCGGUGUUGGCGAACUUGCCGGUGCUUGGAUGGCGUGCAGGUGGGCCGGUCAGGUAUGGCUCGCGCACCGGAUAGAAAUCUGGCACUUU